AUGUCAUUCGUGGACAUUUCUGAUGAGAUUGCGGCGGUGAGGGACCUGAUGGUCACGGAGUUCAACAAGCUCAAUAGGGAAGUCGCGGGACUUAACACUAAGGUGGCCGCCCUGCAUAAACAGCUCCAACACAUGGCACUGAGCUCCGACGAUAACAACACCAACGACAAGACAGUUCUAUAUACCUCUAGCGCACUGGAUGUCACUACGGCUCAAGGGGAAAACUCGGCGAAAUUCUUAACGGGAAGCUCAACUGGGACGCCCGAGAACGACGAGCCGGCUGAAGGUAGUAAAAGUGGCUCUUCGAGGAAGUCCCAUCGCCGUGAGGACUCCUUCAUGAGCACUGUAUCCAAUGAUGCUGAAGAACUUGCAAAGACGCCUAUGGAGUCCAUACCGUCCUCUGUUCGCAAAGAGCAGCUCACCUCUGUUAAAAAACGUCGUCGCCAAAUUGAGGUUGUUGAAGUGUCUUAG